UGCCUGCAUUGCUUCGAGUAGACAUCACCUUCUAGAAUCACAGAAGGCAGUAGCAGCUCGCCAUACUCCCUCUCGCUGCGUAAAUUAGAGGUCUGUACUGCUGCAGGCAACGUCCGUCGGUGUCACAGCGGCAACACAGGCGACAAUGCAGCACUCGUCCGACGAGGACUCUCCGUACUCAGCACAACCUUCCCUCCACCACACCAUCGCACAUGAUCAGGCGUCAGUCCUAGCCAUCGCCAUCGACGAAGCAUCUUCACUGCUCUUCACCUCUGGCACUCAAUCAGAAUGCAUCUAUGUUUGGAACCUCGACACCUAUCGGCCCAUCACCAAGCUCAGCGGCCAUACAGCCUCCAUCCUUACCCUCGAGCUCGCACCAGAGCGGGGCUGGCUCUUCUCAGCUAGCGGUGACGGCACAGUGAGGAUAUGGGACACCAGGACGCUGUCUCUGCUCUACAUUUUUCAGCAACCGCCGACAGAGGAAGAUGAGGACACGACGAUGGGAGAUAUCUUCUCCCUGCGCUGGAGCAAGGAGAUGCAAACGCUUUACAUGGGCUGCCAAAAUACCAGCAUUAGAUGGGUGCGGCUGUCCAGGCUCAGGUCACGUGGUAGAUGCCCGUUCACAGAAAGCGAGACUACCACGGCGUCUCAGGAACAAGACAGGUACGGGAAAAGUGACAUGGAUACAGAAGGCUCGCCUUCGCGAGGGACAACUCAGGAUACAGACUAUACCGGCUUCUUGCCUGCUUCAGCCAUGCCCAUUGCUCCCCGUCCACACAAAUUCUUCGACUCUGGACCAUCAGGGCCUUCUCAUAGCUCGAGCUCGACAACUCCUCUCAGUAGAUCUUUCAGUCGGACCCAGUCUGCCUUUGGGGUAGCUGGUAAUCACAAGCCCUCGCCGAGCACCCCUCCUCCUGCAAACGAUAGCCCAUAUUCGCACAGCCCUGGCAGACGAACACCUGAGCUGCGCUUUCUCCCUACGACCGAGAGUGCUGGCGAUGAUCAAGGUGGACGCCUCUCACCCACUUUCGAUGCCGCGCUCGACCGCGUGCUUCGUCUGCGAGAACAAAGUCAAGAAGGCCCAACAGCUACCGGCGCAGAUCCUCGGAUGUCGGAAGAUCAGAGCACUGAUGUCGCCCGAUACGUUCAACUCUCUCAGUCUUGCAAAGUACCAAAUGCCCACUACGGCUAUGUCUACAGUCUGGCUUUGAUUAGUCUAGGCAGCCUCCGACCGGUCGUGCUCGCUUCGGGAUCGGGAGAUGAGGACGUCAAGCUAUGGGAUUGCUCAAGCAAAAGGAAGGGCCAGGUGGAACUCAUAGCUACAUUGUCGGGCUCGGAGGGCGCAGUCCUCGCUCUGGCAAGCUGGCCAGGAACGCUCUUCGCAGGGAAGCAGGGAGGCUCUAUUGAUGUAUGGGACCUUGAGACUAUGACGCUGAUUCGGACACUGGAAGCUCAUGGGGACGACGUCCUAUCGCUUUGCACAUCUGUCAACGAGGAUGGCAGCUCUUGCUUGAUCUCAGCUGGUGCGGACGGCUGCGUCGCCCGGUUCGAUGGCAACUUUGCCAGGAGAGACUUAUGGGCUGCUCAUCAGGAUGCGAUUGUGCUCAGCUGUGCGAUCGUGAAUGAGCGGCCACGUCGCGCUUCAACCAGGAUCAUUACAGGAGGUUCGGAUCAGGUCAUCAGAUUCUGGGACUUAGCACCUUUGGAUCGCGGCGAGGAUAGCUUGCCGCAUGACGGCUCGCAAUUCCCUCGCAAGAUCGGGUUCCCUUUGACGAGCAGCUCUCAUAUCGAAGAUCCGAAUGGACACGUCGAUACGAAGACCAUCACCGAGAUGUCAUUCGAUCCACUGCUGACAGAGCUUGCCAAAUUCGUAUCGUACAAGUCGGUGUCAAGCGAGGCUCGCAGAGAGGAUUGCCGGCAAUGUGCUCACUACCUCAAGCAGACGCUGUCCAGUCUCGGGGCGCAGGAGUCGGCCAUUAUACCUGGAGCACCCGGUCGCAAUCCUCUUGUCUUGUCCAUCUUUCGCGCUAGAAGCGGAAGCCCUGACCAGCCUCGCGCCGCUCCCCACCGCAGAGUGCUUUUCUACGGACAUUACGAUGUGAUAUCAGCUCGAGCAGACAAGACUUCUUCGGGAUGGUCUUCUGAUCCUUUCACACUUUCCGGACGUGAUGGCUACUUGUACGCUCGAGGUGCAUCAGACAACAAAGGCCCAGUGCUUUCCGUGGCGACUGCCAUCAGCCGACUUUGGAACUCUCGAAGACUCGAUGUGGACGUGGUCAUGCUCAUCGAGGGAGAGGAAGAGAGCGGUUCUGUCGGUUUCAAGGAGGCACUCGAGAGGGAAAAGGAGAGGAUCGGCAAGAUCGAUGUGGUCCUGCUGAGCAAUUCAUACUGGAUCGACGAUGUCACGCCCUGCUUGACGAUGGGCAUGCGAGGCGUCAUCCAGGCCACAGUCACCAUCUCUGCUGCCAGCAUCCAAGCCGCAAGCUCAGAGAGUUCCGCGGCAACGACGGCAAGAACAUCUCCUAGCCCACAUCGUCGAGGCGAAGAGAAAGACGUCCAUUCGGGUGUGCAAGGCGGUGCAGUACGAGAGCCGAUGAUUGACAUGCUCCGUCUGCUGUCAAGCCUCAGCGACGGCGAGCGUGUCUUUGUGCCAGACUUCUACGACUCGGUCAGGCCCGUCACGACAGAAGAGCGAGCGAGCUACGAAGCCAUCGUCGAGCUCCUGAGCAGGCAAUCGAGGGACCGCGACUCUGACCUAGAUUUCGGAAAUACGCAAGAGGGCCAUGCUGGCUGCCAGCCCUCUGGCCGGUCGAAGAACGCAGCAAUGGCUACCGUGGAGAGUCUGAUGGCUCGAUGGCGCUUCCCCUCGUUGUCCAUUCACAGCAUCAGCGUUUCUGGCUCAGGCAACGCCACGGUCAUCCCAGCAGUCGUGACGGCGAAAGUUUCACUGCGUCUAGUGCCAGACCAGGAUCUGGAGGUGAUUAAGUCUUCACUUGUCUCCUUCCUCAAUGAGCAAUUCGACCGACUCGCUGGCGCUCGCCCAGAUGCCAACAGACUGCAGAUCGACGUGCAUCAUGUAGCCGACUGGUGGCUCGGGUCCUCUACCUCGCCCUACACCUGUGCUCUGGCGGACUCCAUCUCGCAGACUUGGUCGUCCCCUUGCCCAGGCUCAACCGCGGCCGCUGGCAUCUCCUCGCCCUCCUCUUCCUCUUCUUCGGUCCUGCCACUACAAAUUCGCGAGGGCGGCUCCAUCCCCACUGUGGCUCUACUGGAAAAGGCCCUUGGCGCACCCGCCGUGCACCUGCCCAUGGGUCAGAGCAGCGACAAUGCCCACCUGGGCGAUGAGCGGAUCAGUAUGCAGCACCUCCUCAGAGGUAGAGAGGUCGUGGAGCGCUGGCUGGGCAAAUUGGCCCACUUGCCACUCGAUUGCGAUGAGGUGGGGCAUAGGAGAACUGUGCCGGCGAAGUAGGUCAGCUUUGCACCGGAGUGAUCAAGCGGGUCAGGCAGGCAGGCAGGCAGGCAGGCAGGCGCUUCAGGCGACGUGUAUAGAAAGAUGGGGUAUGCAGAGAGACUUUGUUCAAUGGGGUAGAGGUUGAAUGAAGGAGAUAGAACAAAUGUCUAUGUACAGUGCAGAAUUGCAAUGGGGUAAACAGGUGACAGGAGAAAGUCUACUGUACAAUGAAAACGAGGGUGACAGAAGGCAUAGGAUGUAAAAGAGCAGGGCGAUCUAGCACCCUUCU